AUGUUCAGAAUGGAUAAAUCGCGGUCGACGGCGUGUAGAAUUGUGUCAGACGCCGACGUGACCGGUGGAAUGAGAGAGAAAAGCGCGAAACGAAAUGAAAAGUCGGGUGAGAACGGCCGGAGCGGCUUCCGAUGGCUUAUUAUGAGCUGCUCUCUUUUUUAUCACUAUUGAUUGAUCGGAAAGAGAAAGAUCAUUUCAAAUCUCUCCGUACUUAGCGAUUUACAAAGUAAUCUUGCCAGUAGAACCAAGGAAUCUUGAUUUUUUUGACUUUUGAUACUCCUCUAUCAAUGAGGUUCCGAUGAGGCAAAUUUUUGUUAAAAAUAAUCAGAUGUCACGAAAAUCAAUUAUUUUAAGUCAAUAAUGAUUAAUUUUUUUCUAAUGAUUUUUCCAAGAGACAGGCUCCUAAGAAGUUGAAGUUGCCUUUUUCAAAAUAAGAAACGGAUCGCCAGCGCGCAUAUUUUUUUUGGCAUAUCAUGCGGCUGUUUUUUUCCUCGGAUUUUGAUAGUAGUUUUUCUAGACAUCAGAAAAAGGAACAUCCGAGUAGACUUUGUUAUGUCGAAAGCAUAGAUUUCGGAGUUAUUUUGAAAUAAUUUCACUCAAAAUUUGGAGGUUGAGGUUUUGAACGAUCGGAAAGUUUCUUUUUUUUGGUUUUCCGUUUUGAUUGAAAUUUCGGAUGGAUAGAAUUCAGCCACCGUAGUUGUGGGGCUGUCUACGGUCCACAGGGUCCCAAGUUCCACCCCCGCCUCGACACAAAGAGUUUUAGAAAUUUUGGUAGUGGAUAAACCAGGGCUUUGUAAUCCUCAGCCGUCACCCACAAGGACGGAUACCACAUUAUUGUGGUUAUCAAUGAUAUCAUGGUAGGAUCUCGGCUACUCGAGGUGGACAAAAGGCGUAAGAAGUAGAACAAGUCUGAUUGAGGUAGAAUCGGAAAUACAGAACAGAAAAACGGGCUGGAUGGUUGCCAAAAAGCACUGAAGUGCGCUACUAAAGAAGACACGGAUUAG